AUGUUAGAAGCCAGGGAAUUAAUAGAACAUCAAAUUUGGUGGCAAGUUAGGAAAGGGGAUUCACAGUUCUGGUUUGACAAUUGGACUGGAUUGGGAGCUCUAUACUAUAUAAAUCCAGGGAAUACUUAUGAUGGGAGAAUUCAGAAUGUCAAAGAAAUGGUAGUACAAGGGAGGUGGAAUAGAGGAAAAUUGAUGGAAGUCCUCUCGGAAGACAUAGUUGAUCAUAUAAUUGAGAAUAUAACACCAUCCAGGGAUGAAAGAGGGGAUGAUAGACCAUGGUGGAUACUAGACACAAGUGGGGAAUUUACAAUUAAAUCAAGUUGGGAUUUUAUUAGGUCAAGGAGACCACAACUGGACAUUUCCAAAUUCAUGUGGAUAAAGGGUUUGCCUUUUAAAAUUUCAUUUUUUCUGUGGAGAUGCUGGAAAUACAAAAUCCCCACAGAUGAUGUGUUAAAGAAGAUGAAUAUCAAUUUGGUGUCUAAGUGUUGGUGUUGUAUAAGUCCUAGGGAGGAGACUAUACAUCAUUUGUUUCUAACAUCAGAUACAGCUAAAAAGACAUGGUCCUUUUUCUGCAAUGCUGCAGGAAUAAACAUGGAAGGAAUACAGCUGCAAAAAUUAAUUGUGAACUGGUGGAAGGCACCAGUAACUAGCAGAUUGAAACAGAUAUACGCUGCAGUGCCAUCAAUUAUAAUGUGGGAACUUUGGAAGAGAAGAAAUGGUAUUAAACAUGGCCAUAGGAAGGUUAAUAGUUCAGUCAUCUAUCUAGUCUUAAUCUCUAUUCAAAGACUAGUUUUAUACAGGAAUCCUUCUAUUAGAAAUAUUCCUGCUGGAUGGAAGGAACUGGUUCAAAUGUUAGAGGGAGGCAAGGUAAGAGUGAAGGUAACACAAGUUAGAUGGAUGUUACCUCCAUUUGGGUGGUGUGCUUGCAACACAGAUGGUGCUUCUAGAGAAGCAGAAAAUUUGGCUCUGUUGGAAGCUUUGAAGUAUUGUAAGCAACAGGGGCAUCAGAACAUCAUUUUUCAGACAGAUUCUAAAACUAUUCAGAGAAUGUUGUCUGAAGAAUGGAAACCUCCAUGGAAUAUUGUAGGUUGGGUGGAAGAGGUGGAGGAAUAUAAGAGGGAUUUGAAUGUCUUAUUCAAUCAUGACUUAAGGGAAGCAAAUAAGUUGGCUGAUGCUUUAGCCAACUAUGCCCUAGAUGAACGUCCUUUGCAGUGCUACUUGUUUGAGGAGUUGAAUGUGCAGAUGAGAAAGAUCCUAAAUAGUGAUAAGAGUCAAAUUCCCUAUCUAAGAAUUAGGAGAUGCUGA